AUGGGUACGUAUUUUAAAAGACAUAUAUUAGCUGUUGAUGAUUUAACCAAAAUCAAUUAUGAAGUUAUCAAGAAUACACCUGGUAGUUUUCAAUCCAUUGAAUCCCCUGAGAGUGACCCAAUAUUAGAGUCUGAAAUAAAUUUAACUAAAUCAAAACUCUUCAAGAAUAAUCUAUAUUCGCAAAAUGAUGCAGUAUUACAAUCUAUUGCAAAUAAGUUACAAUUAGGAGAUAUAGUGAAUAAUGAAGAAGCAAAUGAAUAUCAUCAAAUUGAAAAAAAGAUUCCCAUUGAAAAACAAAUUUCUUGGUUGAAACAAAUUAAUCAGAAUUUGAUCAAACAAUAUAAUUCGUUACUGAAAGAAGAAAAAAAGUGGUUUAUACUAAAGGAAUUAUUACUAGACGCAAAUACAGAAUGGGAUUUAUAUAAAUCAAUAGAUACUGCACCAAACUCCAAAAUACGAAACGAUAAUAUGGAUAAUCAGAAAUAUACUUCUAUAUCUAAUACAGAUAAUACAGCAACCGAUAAAACUAGUCAAUCUAUACCGACAAAAAAGGAUUCUAAAAGAUUAUAUUACAAAUUAGGAUUACCUGAACUCACAAGUCAACAAAAUACCUUAGUAUUUAAUAGAGAACAAAAUAUAUUCUUUAAAAAGCAAAAAAUAUCAGAACAUGGCUUGAAAAGUAUAGUAUCGACUAGUACACCUUCAUCUGAUUCUUCUCCAUUUGUAACUGCCUCUCCUUUAGAUUCUAGAACUUCAGAUAGUCAAAUAUCUGAUAAUAAGUCAGAGGAUUAA